AUGGAGAAAGGAGGUUUUCUUGGUCAGACUAUGGACCCAUCUCUGGUAUCAGCAAAGCAUAUGAGUUUCGACUUCCCAUCUUUCAGCCCGCGAAACUUCACUCUCCUCGGCGACUCAUACCUCCGAAGAGGCGUAAUUGGAUUGACAAGAGAGCUUGGAGUCCCAUCUUCAAGCUCUGGAAGCGUAUUCUACAACUACCCAAUUGCUUUUUUCAAUCAAGAAUUGAAUAUCACAGCUUCUUUCUCUACGAAAUUCUCUUUCUUCAUCAACAACCGCAACCCGACGUCGUUUGGAGACGGGUUGGCCUUCUUUCUCUCUCCGGAUAACCAGACCUUGGGAAGUCCAGGAGGGUAUCUGGGUCUCUUCAAUUCAUCACAAUUGACCAAGAACAAGUUUGUGGCGGUUGAGUUUGACACAAGAUUCAAUUUGAAUUUCAAUGACCCUAACGAAAAUCAUGUUGGGUUGGACAUUGACAGCUUGAUCUCGAUCAAGACUGCUGAUCCAAUGUUGCAGGGUAUUAUUCUCAAAAGCGGGAAUUUGAUCACUGCUUGGAUUGAUUACAGGAACGAGGAUGGAAAGUUAAAAGUGUUCUUGAGUUACUCAAAUUUGAAGCCUAAAGAUCCAAUUUUGAUGGUCGAUAUUGACCUCUCUGAUCAUCUCAAUCCAUAUAUGUAUGUGGGUUUUUCGGCAUCAACCGAGGGAAGCACUGAACUACACUUGAUUGAAAAUUGGAGCUUUCAGACUUUUGGGUUUCACCCAAUUAGGCCAAGAACUCAUCCUCAUAAUGUGUCGGAUACUGUGACCUUAAAGCCACCAAUUCCAGUUUCUGAUACCACCAAAAAGCAUCACAAGAGGCUUGGUUUAGGUUUGGGGAUUGCUGGUCCGGCCUUUUUUUGUUGUGUUCUUGUGGUUUUUGGUUGGGUUUCGUUGAAGAAAUGGAGGGGUGUCACAACAGAGAAGAGCCUAAAAGUAGAGCUUGUGACAGGCCCAAGAGAAUUCAGCUAUAGAGAGCUCAAGUCAGCCACAAAAGGGUUCCAUUCCAGCAGGAUUAUAGGCCAAGGAGCAUUUGGAAAUGUUUACAAAGCAUUUUUAUCAGGAACUAUUUCUGCAGUGAAAAGAUCAAAGCAUUCUCACGAAGGCAAGACUGAGUUCUUAGCUGAAUUGUCGAUUAUUGCUUGUUUGAGGCACAAAAAUUUAGUUCAGCUUCAAGGUUGGUGUGUUGAGAAGGGUGAAUUGUUACUUGUCUAUGAGUUCAUGUCCAAUGGGAGUCUUGAUAAGGUGCUACACCAAGAAUCUGAACUAGGUAACCCACUGAAAUGGCCUUAUAGAUACAACAUUGCAAUUGGGUUAGCCUCUGUUCUUACUUAUCUGCAUCAAGAAUGUGAGCAGCAAGUAAUCCACAGAGACAUAAAGACUAGUAAUGUAAUGCUUGAUGCAAACUUUAGUGCAAGGCUGGGAGAUUUCGGAUUGGCGAGGCUAAUGGAUCAUGACAAGAGUCCCGUGUCUACACUAACGGCUGGAACAAUGGGAUAUCUUGCUCCUGAGUAUCUUCAGUAUGGCAAAGCAACUGACAAAACUGAUGUUUUCGGUUAUGGGGUGGUUAUACUUGAGGUGACCUGCGGGAGGAGGCCAAUUGAGAGAGAACAAGAAGGUGAAAACAUGGUGAAUUUGGUCGAUUGGGUUUGGGGAUUGUACUCUGAAGGAAGGAUUUUUGAAGCAGCAGACAAACGGUUGAAUGGUGAGUUCCAUGAGGAAGAAAUGAGGAAGCUGUUGCUUGUGGGCUUGAGCUGUGCUAACCCUGAUAGCACAGAGAGACCUACAAUGAGGAGAGUAUUCCAGAUUCUUAACAAUGAGGCAGAGACUCUAAUUGUCCCAAAGGUGACACCGACACUCAGUUUCUCUAGUAGAUUGCCUUUGAGCCUCGAGGACAUUGUUUCAGACAAUGAAGAUUGUGAGACAUCAGAAACCAUGUUUGAGAUCAAAGUUGGCUGAAGUCAUCUAUUUAGUUCUCUUAAGCUAGCUGAUUUCUUGAAUUCGUGAAUUUUGUUGAUUAGGUAGCUUAGUUGGUGUUAUGUAGUUCAGCCCUAUACAAGUCUGUGAGAGUUCACUGGCCUCAGUUCAAAGCGAUUCCAUUGAACUAACGGUCUUGUGCUGUAUCUGAACAUUUUAAAAUGUAAUUUGGACUCCAGCUUAAGGUCCAUGACUCACCCAAUAAUGCAAAUUUCUUUGCUGCUCAAAUAAAUC